AUUUAAACACCCUUCAGCAACCCAAAGCCGCAUUAGGCUUGUGGUUACCAUGCGUCGAGUGAAGCGGUCUUGGCCUACUUCGCCUGCGGCUGCGGCGGCGGCAUUGUUGGUGGCGUUCUCUGCACUCGCAGGGCUCUGUGAUGCAGGAAAGACGAGCGCUUUCGUCCGAAAGGAUGAGAAAGCCGUCGACAUGCCUCUUGACAGUGAUGUCUUUCGUGUUCCUCCGGGCUAUAAUGCUCCACAACAGGUCCAUAUUACUCAAGGUGAUCAUGAUGGGUCGGCAAUAAUAGUAUCAUGGGUGACACCUGAUGAGCCCGGUUCAAGCCUAGUCCUGUACGGGACAUGUGAAAACCACCUCACUUUCUCAGCUGAGGGUAGGGUGCAUCAGUACAUAUACUACAACUACACCUCAGGAUACAUUCAUCAUUGCACUAUCAGAAAUUUGAAGUAUGAUACAAAGUAUUACUAUGCAGUUGGGGUUGGACAUACACUGAGGAAGUUUUGGUUCACAACACCUCCAAAAGUCGGGCCCGAUGUUCCUUACACAUUUGGCCUUAUAGGUGACCUUGGACAAAGUUUUGAUUCAAAUCGUACACUUACUCAUUAUGAGUCAAACCCAAUAAAAGGGCAAGCAGUGCUAUUUUUGGGUGAUCUUUCUUAUGCUGAUAACUACAUGUAUCACGACAAUGUCAGAUGGGACACUUGGGGAAGGUUUACUGAGAGAAGUGCUGCAUAUCAGCCUUGGAUUUGGAUUGCAGGGAAUCAUGAGAUAGACUUUGCGCCCGAGAUUGGUGAAGGUGUUCCUUUCAAGCCUUACAAAAAUCGAUAUCAUGUCCCAUACAAAGCUUCAGGUAGUACAGCUCCAUUAUGGUAUUCCAUCAAGCGAGCCUCAGCAUACAUCAUUGUCCUUGCUUCAUAUUCAGCAUACGGGACAUACACUCCUCAGUACAAUUGGCUCGAGGCUGAGCUGCCAAAAGUAAAUAGAACCGAGACCCCUUGGCUAAUUGUUCUCAUGCAUUCCCCAUGGUACAAUAGUUAUAAUCACCACUACAUGGAGGGUGAAACCAUGCGAGUUAUAUACGAGCCAUGGUUUGUAAAGUACAAGGUUGACGUUGUAUUUGCUGGCCAUGUUCAUGCAUAUGAACGCAGUGAAAGGAUAUCAAACAUUGCAUAUAAUAUUGUGAAUGGGGAAUGCAGUCCUGUUCCUGACCAGUCUGCCCCGGUGUACAUCACUAUUGGUGAUGGUGGAAAUCAAGAAGGGCUUGUUAAAAACAUGACAGAGCCUCAGCCUAAGUACUCGGCAUUCAGGGAGGCUAGUUUUGGCCAUGCCAUAUUUGAUGUGAAGAAUAGAACACACGCUUAUUAUUCCUGGCAUCGCAACCAAGAUGGCUACGCGGUGGAAGCUGAUACACUGUGGUUCUACAACAGAUUUUGGCACCCUAUGGAGGAAUCAUCAGCAUCUGUAUAACUGAGAACUUUGGCUACAGGCUUCUUUCUUCAGCAAUAGCCACCUUGAAGUUCUUAGCGAGUCACCCAUGCCACACUCUUUGAAGGCUUUGCUAGCUUUGUUAAAGUUCAUGCUUUGAAGUCUGUUUAUCUAGUCUUAAUUGCAUAUAGUUGUUUUAUUCUUUGUAAACCUUGAAUAAAAAUGGUAAAAUGGGGAAAUAAAUGUCUUUAAGUCGGUAAAAUGGGGAUUAUUUUGAAAAUGUUUUAUAUAAUAAAGAUCUAAUCAUGACAUGGAUGAAUCAUAUAUAAAAAA